AUGGAUGUGAAGCAAGCUGGUUCAUCACUCGAUUCUCUGAUUUUUUCAUUCAACACUCGAAUCGCUGAGUUACAAGAACUCGUUAUUGCCCGAAACAUGUAUCCAGCGAGCAGCGUCACCGAUUUGAAGGCGGUGGACGCAGCAUUGAAGGCGAUGGAGCUGCAAAUACAAUCUAUCAAAGACCGCUUGCGUGAGGAGACCUUGGCAAUCCCUAAAGCUAAAAAACUAAUUGAAGCAUCGCUAAGGCAGCAGAAAAAAUUGCAGAGUAUGUCUGUAUAUGUGCCAGAAAGAACAACCGUGAAUUCAGAAAGUAAUAAUAGAAGCAUUCUGCCAGAACCAUCUAAUCAACUACCUGGUUUUGGUUCAUUGAAACUUGAGGAGGAGCCUGUAGUAACACACAAGGAGAAAAAGGGUCGUGCUUUGCCACCAUUGUGGUACAUAACUGCUGCUGAGCUGGAUUCCCUGUCUUCAUACAUGAGAGGAAGGCUCACCCUGGAAAAGGUCAAUGCAGCUAUUAAUGACAUGGUAGCAUAUGCUGAAGCAAAUUCUCAGCUUAUUGCAGCCCCAAAGAAGAAGCUGGCAGAAAAUCUAUGGGAAAAAGCCUUGGAACUAAGGGAUAUUGCAAUGACAGAAACAGUGAAGGGAAAACACUUCUUUCUUGAAAUUGACAUGAAAGGACCUAGCUUGAAGCUUGACAAUACAGGAAAAGCGAUUUUGACUGUUCUUCGUCACCUUGGUCGCAUCACUGAGACUCGGAUUGGGCAUCAUCGUGUUAUCAUUCUUUUGAAGCCUCAAACUUGA